UAGGCUGGCUGGGUGGCGGCGAGCUCUCGUGCGCGACUCUCUUGUACUGUAGUACAAAUCCACCGAGGCUAUGGUUGUCAGGGGAUGACGACCAUAAUGACAGUUUUCGCACAGCUGUCGCAUACGCCUAGGGAUUUUUGUGCGACAUACGGGACUCGCCGCCGCAUAGUGGGUGACAGAGGAUGGGUUUGUGGGUCUCAUGGGAAGCGCAUGUCGCGCGUAUGUCUUUGCAUCCCUCGCGGUCCGACACUCUGCUUGCGAGAAACACGUAGGCGAGACGGUGACUGCUACUGCGGGCAGGAGCUUCUAAUGCGGCCGGUGCUCCCGUGUAACGCGCCUCACCGCGCAGCGCCGCUCUCCUACUGCUGCAAGGGGGGCGGCGAUAUCGUCUAGUGCAAUGAUGCAUGAUGCAAUGAGAUACCCUUCCCACUGGACACACCAUGCUCUGCCGAAAAGCAUGGCUGGGUUUCAGCGAGAGAUUGCGACGGAACGCGACGGAACGCAAUGGAACGUGACGGAAAGGGACUGCACGGCGACGACGGCGUGCGAUGCGACCUUGCGCUCUUCUCGUUCUUCUCUUGCCGUCAGCCGCGCUUGCCAGCAGCACGGGAGAAGUUCAUUUCGCCGCCCAGCUGCGCACACACCGUGGUGGAAUGAGAGGCACUAUAAGUAUAUCCGUUUCAAGGGCCAUAUCUCGAGUUACAGCCCCAGCCUACACCAUCCGAUUUGGUGCCGCCAUCGCAGGUGCCGACCCCCCUCCCAGCAACUUACUCCUCCUCACGCUCCCAACCACUGUCUUCCUCCUCUCUUCGCCAUCUCUUCCUCCCCCCCCUCCCCACCACCACCCCUUACUGCGCAGGUCCAUAUCUCGUGGCCCCACCCCAGCCUACACCAUCGGCUUCAGUGUCGCCAUCGCAGGAGCCGAAUCCCCUCCCGGCGACCUUCUCCUCACGCUGCCACGUGGCGCGCCGCCAUUGGCCCUGUGCCCAGCCUACACGGGCUGCCAGUGGGUCGCGACGACGCCGUCUGUGUGGGAGGUGGCGGGGAAGAGCAGGGAGAGAGGGGGAGUGGAGGCACAGCAGGUCAAGGGACUGGAAGAGAUGUUAACUGCGCGGGGGGAGGAGAAUGGGAGGUUGAUAGGGUUUGGCGUGCGCGUGAUUUCAGAGUCGACUCAAGGCGUGCUGGUGGUGGUUGGUGGAGAGGGAGAGGAGGCACGAGUUGAGUUGGCUGGAGAGCUGCAGAGAAGCCGCGAGUGCAGCAGCGGCAUCAUCAUUCCGCGGUAUCCCCAACAGGACCCGCGCUUGGAGGUGCGGCUGAAAGGACGGCUGGGAGAGGAGAGUCUUCAGGGAGGGGCAUUCAUGCUGGCGGCUUUCAAGGAUGGUCAUGUGGUGCUUAACUAUGACAUCCGCGUUAUAGGCCUCUCCCAGAAACCGUCAGCCAUCAACUUGCUGGUUGCGUACCCUGAAUCCGGGUUACAAGCCGCCUCGUUACAGUGCGACUCAUGGGUGGAGCUGAAACCGCAGAUGUGGCGGGCACAGUGCAGCAGCAGGAGGAACAGCGGAGACAGCUCAGGCACGACUCUCGACACCAUGUCCGAGGGUGUGUUCAAUCGGUUUGCUUGCUUUGCUGUGGAUGGCGACACGGCUCCUAGCGUAGCUGUGCUGUCACUGGUAGUUGAGGCUGGUUCAAACGAGAAUGCUUCUGAGCAGCAGCAGCAGCAGCAGUUGGGAGAUGCACAUGCGUCAAGCACGUCUGGGGUGCUUGGGUUGCAUGACGAGAGCGGCCUACCUCGGUUGGACGCAGAAGCUCAGAAGUCCGUUGCGGGAGCCAUCGCUCCAGGCUUGCUUGUAGGAGGCAUAGUGUGGCGGCCACCUCUUGGGGAGAUAGAGCAGAGUGAGCAGAAGGGGGUCAGUGGAGCUGCUGCCGAUGCUGGUGCUUCCGGGGCUGCUACCGAGGCUGCUGCUUCCAAGGCUGCUGAUACCGAGGCUGCUACCGAGGCUGAUACCGAGGCUGCUGCUUCUCCUGCAGUCCCUGCUGCCAGUGCUCCAUCCAGUGUGGAUCCAGACAAAGCUGCUGCGAGUGCUGAAAAUGCGGAGAGUGCUGCAGGUGCAGAUGAUGCAGGGGGUGCUGCGGUUGCAGAUGGUGUUGGGGUUGAGAUCUCUGGAUUUCCGAGUGCUGAGCGCACUGAGAGCAGUACAGAGAGCAGUACAGAGAGCAGUACCAACCAGAACCGUGACCCUCCAGAACCAGAAAUUGCUGAUGAGGAGAUUAUACUCCGUGGCCGUCGUACUGCUAACAACAUGCACAGGGGCGAGCUUACUGCUGUAAACGAAGCAGCUUGUGAUGAGUACAAAGGUGAGACUGCUUAGGGUGGAGAUGAAGCAGAAGAUGUAAUGGACGAAGGGUCAGUGGAGGGGAGUAAGGCAGGCUUAGAGGCAGGGAUGGUUGCAGGCUCGGAGGAUGGGAGCCUGGGAGGCUUAGAGGCUGCAGCAUUCUUGCCAAGUCCCCGUGUGCCAUACCGGCUCUCCCGAGUGCCAGGCCUGCCACGUCAGCACCGCGUGAGCAUGUCCCUGCACAGUGCUUGUGGCAGGAAGGGCAUUGGUGGUGAGGAACGGGGGAGUGAUGGGACGGCCAUUGGUGUGUGCUGAAGGUUGGAUGCCCUGAGCUAAGCUGAAUGGUGUGAAUGUGUUCAGUACAUGGUUCCUUCCAGCUGUCCCAGCAAUCACCAGCAGUGCAGAAAAGCGGUGCAUGUGUGCCUCAUAUCAAGACAACGAGGCUCCUUCUGUAUGCUCCAUUACCAGGGGUGUUGUAGUGGACCAGAAUAAUACCUCAUGCAUACUUUGUCACAUUAUAUUUUAUAUAAUAUGUUUGUGUAGGCUUGCUAGGUGUGCUACAAUUACCAGAUCCUACUGUUGAGGGGACAACCCCCCCGUUCUUGUAUUUCUUCCUCUUCCUAGUCG